AUGAUUGGUGAACUUAAGGAACUGGUGGAAGAGGGAAAAGUGAAGUAUAUUGGCCUAUCUGAAGCUAGUCCUGAUACGAUAAGGAGAGCACGUGAUGUUCAUCCCAUCAUAGCUUUACAAAUAGAGUGGUCUCUUUGGACUCACGAUAUUGAGGACGAGAUAGUUCCUCUCUGCAGAGAGCUUGGUAUUGGAAUUAUACCAUAUAUUGUUGAAACUAAGGAUGGAACUAUUUCACUAGCUAAUGUGUUUGCUGGUUAUCAGGAAGGUAAUGCUUCCAACCUCUGUGCAAUAUAUUCUCUUUCUGCGAGUUCGGUUCCACAAGGUAUCAUGUUGGAUGGUGACAGGAGAAAGACAAGCUGCGAGGAUUCGUAG